AUGGAUGCUUAUAAUAUUAUUCUUGAUUAUACUUCACUAUCAUUACAAAACAUUCACAUACACAAGCUUCAACCAAAAUUAUCAACGAUGAAGAAUAAAAAGAUAUUAUUCAAUACUACUAAUUCUCAAUCAGAAAACUCUGUAUCAUCUUCAAAUAUUUAUGAUUCCAAGGAUGAAUCUAGUUCAUCUCAUUGUCGUCGAUCUCGUCAAUGUCAUUUAUCAACACUUAAUACUAUUCGUCGGCAUAAAAAUGAAAUGAAAGCUAGAGAUGCCUUAACUCAAGCGUGUGCAAAUAUCAAACAAUUGAAAGUUGUUAUUGAACCUUUAAAAGAUAUUCAAAGUAUUUUAGAAGGAAAAUAUCAUUCGCAAACCCAAGAAGAACAAGCAAAACUAAAACAAACAGAAUUACAGAGAAAAAUCUAUAAUAAUAAACAAGCACUAUUGAUUCCUUUUAUUUUGGAUGACCAGUUUCAAUCUUUAAUAAAAUCAGUAUUGCCACCACAACAAAAUGACUUAUUAUGUAAUAUUAUGACAUUAUUAAAUAGUAUGGAAGAAUAUUCUUCUUCUUCGGAACUGUUGGAUAAUUAG